AUGCUCUCUCUUGCACUCAGUCACACCCUCUUUCUCUCUCUCUCUCUCUUUUUUUUCUCUCUCUCUCUUUUGCACACCUUCUCUCUCUCUCUCUUUUGCACACCCUCUCUCUUUUGCACACCCUCUCUCUCUCUUUUGCACACCCUCUCUCUCUCUUUUGCACACCCUCUCUCUCUUUCUUGCACACCCUCUCUCUCUCUCUUGCACACAUUCUCUCUCUCUCUCUCUUUUGCACACAUUCUUUUUGAGGUGCAUUGGUUUUGCCUUUGCUCGCCUGGUCCCUUUCCUUUUGCCUUUGCUCGCCUGGUCGCUUUCAUUUACCUUGGCUCGCCUGGUCGCUUUCCUUUUGCCUUGGCUCGCCUGGUCGCUUUCCUUUUGCCUUGGCUCGCCUGGUCGCUUUCCUUUGCCUUGGCUCGCCUGGUCGCUUUCCUUUUGCCUUGGCUCUCGCCUGGUCCUUUCCUUUUGCCUUGGCUCGCCUGGUCGCUUUCCUUUUGCCUUGGCUCGCCUGGUCGCUUUCCUUUUGCCUUGGCUCGCCUGGUCGCUUUCCUUUUGCCUUGGCUCGCCUGGUUGUUUGAACAAUAA